GUGUUGGAUUAGUUGCGUUUCUCUCAUCGGUUCGCGCACACACGCCUUUCCCGUACGACGUCGCAAGGCAGUGUUGUGAUCUUUUAUUGUUACCACCGUUGUCGAAAGUCACGCGCGAGAGUGUUAGUUUACAAUAAUUGUCAGCCGCGGUCGUCACGCUGUACGGCAAAAUAGUUUAACAGGUUAAUCAUACUGAACCCGAUUUCGUCGGAAAACCGUCGACUGUUAUCGGGGAACAGUAAUUAGUGUUCGGGGCAACGAAAAAGUGUGAACGUGUGAACAUAUUGACCAGGUGCUCGCUGGUGGCAGCAGCAAGUGUUGAAAAUGUCUUGAAAGUGACCAAGCAGCAUCCAGAUGCAAACGAAAAGGUGAAACCAGAAGAAAAAGCAGUGUGUUACUGAAGGGGCGCAGCGGAAGUGUGGCGCGAGGAAAACCAGGGCGACGUCCUGUCUAUCCAGCAAAUCGAAGCAUCAGGAGGGAGGAAUAUUUUCCACUGCCAGCCAGCCAACUGGCCUGUAUUGGGAUAGGCACACUACAACAACACGGGAACGGGAAAAACGCGCUAGCGAAAACCCAAAUAUGGCUGCCGAACGCGACUACAUCGGCUUUGCCACCCUUGCCGAGCAGGUGCACCGGAAGUCGGUCAAACGAGGCUUCGAGUUCACGCUGAUGGUGUGCGGAGAAAGUGGUCUCGGCAAAUCCACGCUCAUCAACAGUCUCUUCCUGACGGACCUGUACCAACACCGGACCGUUCCCUCGGUAGAAGAGCGGAUAGAAAAAACUACCAAAAUCGACAAGAAAACGCUAGACAUCGAGGAGAAAGGUGUGAAGCUAAGACUGACGAUUGUGGACACGCCCGGCUUUGGUGACUCGAUCAACUGUGAGGACAGCUGGCGGGUUUGCACGCAGUACAUCGACGAACAAUUCCGGCAGUUCUUCACCGACGAGAGCGGUCUAAACCGGCGGAACAUUCAGGACAAUCGUGUUCAUUGUAUGCUGUACUUUCUGCCACCGUGGGGUCAUGGUCUCCGACAAAUGGACAUCGAUUUGAUGCGACGGCUACACAAGAAAGUUAACAUCGUAGUGGUCAUCGGUAAGGCUGACACCCUCACAACGACCGAAGUGCAAAAGUUGAAAACCCGCAUCCUCGAGGACAUCGAAACCAACGGCAUUCAAAUUUACCAAUUCCCUGACUGUGAUUCCGAUGAGGACGAAGAGUUCAAGCAGCAGGAUCGGGAGCUGAAAGCUAGCAUACCGUUUGCGGUGGUCGGAAGUAACGUGGUGCUGGAGGUUGCCGGCAAGAAAAUCCGAGGCCGUCAGUAUCCCUGGGGAGUGGUGGAUGCCGAAAAUCCGCAGCACAGUGAUCUCAUUAAGCUCCGGACGAUGCUGAUUUCGACGCAUAUGCAGGACCUGAAGGACACUACCCGUGACGUGCAUUACGAGAACUUCCGAGCGCAGUGCAUCUCGCAAAUCUCGCAACACGCCUUGCGCGAGCGCAACAAGCUGAAGCGGGAAUCGAUCGCUUCCAGUAAUGAGGCUACCAGUUUUAACGAAACCGAUCGGUUACUGCAGCAAAAAGAAGAGGAGAUCCGAAGAAUGCAGGACAUGCUAGCACAGAUGCAGGAGAAGCUAAAGUCGACCCAGAUGAGCGACGCCGUUAUUGAUGUUUGAAUGCAAAAAAAAUUGUAUACAGUCGUAGGCAGUCAACACCCAUCAAAUACAUUAGUAAAUCACGCGCAAUGUUUUUAGGUGGGAAUUUUCGUUAUACAUUAAGGCACCUCAUAAUCAACCGUACCCUAGCGUAAACCUUACAGAAUCCUCCGCAUCCGCACAUCAAUAUCCUUUCAUUGGCUAUAUAGGAACCGAGUGCAAGUGUCACGUCAUAUGUCCCCAUAAUGUAAUACGGCAAUCUCCGCGAAACCGGUUUAAGCUGGUCAUCUUUCUACUCCAAUAAAUAGGUAAUUUAUCCCCUUAUAACAUAACAUGUAACUUGAUGUCUAGGAAGUUAUAAAAUCGAGUAAAUCGGAAUAGCCAUUAGAAAGCUAUUUAUACACGGUAGGCUACAGUAACGCAGUAAAUUGCUGAAAAGACCAAAGAGCACAUGAACCAAUAAUUCAAAAUAGGAGAACCAUCAGACUAACCAGAAGAGAUCCUAGCAAAACGUGCAAUACAGUGAACAAUUAUACAUGGACACACAACACACACACACACAAACAUGAAAAUCUCGCCGCGACCAUUAAAAGGUAAAGGAGCGCUUUCGUUGGAACUAUUUUACCAAUUCUACCGUGUGGGAAGUUGUUUUAAACUAUCACUUUAAUUGUUAUUUUUCGAAACAUCACACUAUAUUUGUUAGUGGAAGCGCAGAAGCUAUAUUUAUAAUUGUUUGCUUUGAAAGUGUUUAUUUUGGCGCCACCCUUCGCAGUGGCAUUUGUACAAGAACUUAUUUAUAUUGAGAAAAAAAAACCGAUAUGAAUUACGUUGUCGAUCGUCUGAUUGAAACUAUUUAUUUAUACACGCUGUAACUACCAACUAAACCAUACACUAAAUAUUUGAUAGUUCGUACAUUCUGGUGGUAGUGUUUCGGUUCCGCAUUACAUACGCUACGUUGUAUAAGUUAUGUCGUGUCUCGUCACGGGAAGAAGAUGUACCAACAGAAGAACACAACCAAUCACAGAGCAACCAUUACAAGUAUUGGUAGGAUUUAGAUAUUUCAAUAAAAGGUAGAAAACA